GAGAAUCGAGGAAAAAUCGAGCACAAAUUACUCUACUCCUGAAACUCGAGAUCAAUCACUGGAGUAUUGUAAAGGUGUAUAUAAUUUUCCCCUCAAAACUCAAUGCACAUGCAGUGAGUAUUAAGAAAACACACUUAGCAUCUAGAAGGAUGUGCCGUUUUAUGUAAUGCACACUAAACAUUCCUGGUACUGGCUACCUAUGCUCUUGUGAUGAUACACGAGACAGCUGUCUGGAUGAGGUUGUGUUUCAAGUAUUGAUUCUGCUACUGUGUCACAUGUUGCAGACAAAUCGAUAUAAUCAGAUAUUGGAUGGAGAGCAGGCAGAAAACUAAUUGAUUGAGUCAUGCACUGGUUUGCAUUUCUUCUCUUUGACUUUCUAAACACACGUGGUCUAUUCGGGGAUAUGACCUACCCCAUAUAUCCAGUCCAGACAUGUCCUAUGAAUGAAUCCGCUCGGAGACUGUCCUCAGACCGGCUUGGCUGCAAUGACACCUACCUAUAUCUCUGUGUUCCUAAUACAGACCUAUCGUCCCUGGUGGAACUCUGUUAUAUGAAAGUUAAGCGUCUAUCCUUGUAUCAAAAAGAUCACUGUUUGAAACUUUCCAUCGACGGAUACAUGGAUGGUGUGAAAUGUGAUCACUUUCUGUCGGGAUGUCCUGAUAAGCCUUACUAUGGAACUGAACUUUAUCAGUAUCCUAUGUGCCUGGAUAUACACACCAAUUUACAAUGCUUCGCAGCAGAUUUGCAAUGUGUGAAAGAGAGGCUACUUAAUGCAUCAAUGCUGUGGAAGUCAGAUGUAUCACCAGACAACGCUAACAGCAAGAAUGUAUGCAUGAACGUGAUAGUUCUGAGUUUUCUUAUAAUAUGGACCACAAUAACUACAGUGCUAAGUUGUAUACCUUGCCUACGCACAGUAAAGCGGCAUUUGGAGUCGGAACCUGAGAUGCCUCCCUCACAAAACUUGAAACAAGCAUGCAAAGACGGAAACGCUGAUUUGUACUUCAAUUUGAUUGGUGUCCACAACAGCAUUUUAGUCUAUUCAGAGGUGGACAAAGAUGGUUGGAAUAUUUUACACUAUGCAGCACUUGGAGGUAAUGAGGCCAUCUUUCAAGAUCUUCUUGAAAAACGUGAUAUGGAUGUUUCUCAUAUAACUUUCAACAUGGAAACAGUUUUGCAUAUAGCUGCAAAGCAUGGAAACACAGAUAUAUGUAAGCUACUCAAACGGAACAGUGCCUACAACAAUCUCAUCAAUCAAAAGGAUUGUAAUCAGAUGAAUCCUUUCCAUGUCGCAGCUCGAUACGGCCAUCUAGAUAUUCUUAAAUUAAUGGAGGAUUCAGGGUGUAAUAUUUUAGAGAAAGUAGGUAUGGCUCAGGAAAAUAUAGCUAUAUUUUCUUGCAUCGGAAGAAGUCUCGAAGUUUUGAAAUAUAUCGGUAGCAGUCCGUCGUUAAAAAAUGCAUUAAAGGAAACAAAUUAUGAAGGAUGGAAUGUGGCUCACUAUGCUGCUAAGAUAGGCCGUUGUGAUAUGCUGGAAUACCUGAUAGAUGAAAUGAAAGUUGAUGGAAUUAAUGAAUCAGAGAAGAAGAAGAAUUGCCUGCAUACAGCUUGUGAAAAGGGUCAUUACGAGGCUUGCAGAUACUUAGUAAAACAGGUUACUGGAAUUUUACACUUAAAAGACGAUAAUGGGAAACAUGCUGCACAUUUUGCUGCUAUGAGUGGAAGCGUGGAAAUUAUGGAAUUUCUUAAGGAAAGUGGACUACCCAUUCAAAAUAAAGAUGAAGAAACCCUGACUGUUUUACAUAUAGCUUGUCAGCAUGCUCGCCUGGAUUUGUGUAGGUACAUCAUAAAGAAAUAUCCACAGCUUCUAAACGUGGAAACAAAGAGAUCUUGGAAUGCAGCUUUGUUUACUGCAGAGAGACAGGGAGACGAGGAAAAUCGAAUCAAAAUAUUUGACUUACUGAAAUAUAAUCAUAUCAAUUGUUAUCAUGUAACGGGAUCUGGAAAAACUGCUCUCUACCUGGCUUGCAGAAACAAAUCCUUCACAUUGUUAGAACACUUACUGAAACGAUAUCCAAAAUUUCACACAACCCAAAGAGCCAUGGACCCUAUCGAGGCCGCGGACGGUGAUAGCAGGAUCAUUGCGUUAUUUGGAAAAUACAAAAAUGGCAACGGCAAAUUCAACUUUAAGAAUUAUUCAUGUGUAAUAUCUUGAUUGCAGUACCCAAUUUUGGCGUUAUUUUACUUGAUGUUGCCAAAGUUUCUUGUUAACAAAGGCAUAUCCGUUAUAGUUUUUUUUCUGUGGUACAUAUGUAUAUUUAUUUGUAAUGUAUCUUACUGCUUCUACACUUAGUGUGAUUUCCAUUAAUUUUCUCGCAUUUGUAUUGUUUCACCAAUUUAGACACAAUUUGUCAAAUUACAAAUUUCGACGAUAGAACAGUGAUCAAUGUAGAUUCUCAAAAAUUCGAAAGAACUUUUUGGUAAAUUUGAAAUCACAAAUCAACAACAUCAAAAUGUAUGAUUUUUCAAUGCUUUACACAACAAAUCUUCGCGAUAAAUUAAAUACUAGGUUUCUGACAUAAUAGAUAGCGGUUUUUUUUAUUUUAAAAAAGUAACUCGAAAACAUUCAUAUCACGUGAUAAGUCAUCCAAAGAAUUCCUUUAUUAAAUACCACAUGGUAUGAAUUAUGUCAAAGAUUAUGCCAAACGAUGGGUUAGAUAUGAAAACGUGGGACUUGACACCUUGUCGGAAUGAAUUAAAAAUAUAAGAGGAAUAUGAAAAUUUCGUAUUAGACACAUCAAAGCAAAAGUACAUAACAUAUAUUCUUCUGUAGACUAAAACUGAGAUUAACAUAGUAACUAUGGGAAGGCCAAACUGCAUUAAGGGUUGGUUUUUUGUUGUUGUUUGUUUUUUGUAAAAAUAACUGUCCAUAAAUAUCGAAUUACUGAUUAAAUGCACGUUUAAAAA